UUGUGCGGUGUGUGUUUUACUGGUGUGGCGAUAUGUGUAUACAGAGCAUUUUUUUCCAUGAUGAAAUAUUUUGAUAUAAUGUUUUUAAAACAACGAUACAUCAUUACAUAGGUAUUUUAUUGCUUCAAAUAAUGGAAGACCGUUCUGUUCUCGACAUAGAGAUAAGAAACGUACCUGUUAGGCUUAAUGACGUUGGUUCCGAAAUGAAUGGUGAUUGUGUCAACUCUUUAUUUAUUUCUUCUAAUGUCGCUAAUGAAGAAGCAACUCACGCAACGGAAAUUAAUGACGGGAAAUGUGCCCCCAAAUCCGUGGAUAUAUCGGAUGAAUUCCGUGAAAAACUCAAUGUAUGCCGUGACAGUACCAGUAAUUGUGCUUUAAUAAACGGAUGUAACAAAUUCUUACACGACGAUAUGAAAUGUGUCGAUAUUUCUAUGAAUGGCUUAACAAAGUGCUCUAACUUAGGAAUAUUAAAUGCUCACUUAGAUAAAUUGAGUCACAGGACGCGUAUAGGACAACCCGUGACUUACUCCGAAAGGACCAACACCGAAUCUACUGUAAGUGAUGCCCUCAGUUUUAAAUGUGCUCCUGAUUCUAGUGUAAACUCAUCGAAUGAUGUCUGUGGUAGUGAUUUCGAUGCAAAAUCGAAUGUCACGAAGUGUGCAAGAGAAGAGUCCUGCCCGCCAGUCCUACUCGAGCAGGGAGCCGAAAGCGAUGUAAACAUAACAUACCUCGGCUAUGACUCAGAAUGCCAGAUGCCAGACAUCAUGAGGCUCAUUCAAAAAGACUUAUCUGAACCUUAUUCUAUAUACACUUAUAGAUAUUUUAUUCAUAAUUGGCCAAAAUUGUGUUUCUUGGCUCAGCACGGCAACAAAUGUGUCGGUGCCAUUGUAUGUAAACUUGAUGUACAUAAGAAACAUAGUCGAAGAGGUUACAUUGCAAUGUUAGCAGUCGAUGAAAAAUAUAGGAAAAGAAAAAUAGGAUCAAAUCUGGUGUUGAAAGCCAUCCAUGCAAUGGUUCAAGACAAUGCCGAUGAAGUUGUUUUAGAAACAGAAAUUACCAAUAAACCAGCCCUAAGACUUUAUGAAAAUCUUGGAUUUGUCCGCGACAAGAGACUUUUUAGAUACUAUCUCAACGGAGUUGAUGCCUUGCGACUCAAACUGUGGCUCAGAUGAAACAGACCCGUGGAGGAUUGCUUUCCACUAACAGUUCACGUUUCUCUCUCCGCUCUCAAUGUGGGAUUGUUACGAAAAUUGAAGUGUCUUGCUAGUGAUCUUGCUUGCUUCAUCCACUUUAAACCUUUGUUUCUGUUUGGGGGAAAAAUGUAAACACGAUUUGUAAUAAUUGGUCUGUUUUUAAUCCAGUUGCAU